GCCAACCCUAUCAUUGGUUUUAAUUCAAAUUAAUCGAAAUUCGGAAGGAAAGAAUUGAUGAUGAAGUAAAUUACAUAGAAUUUGAAUAAAAUUGUUAAUUUUUAGGUGAACAAUUGUAUUUUGGUCAAAUUUUAGUCAUGUGUAUUUAAAAUUCUUAAAAUUCUUUUAACGCAUUAAUAGCUUUAGUGAACUUUCCUUUAUAAUUUAUGUAAUAUUUUCUUAUUUUUUAAACUAAAAAAUACAAAGUGAGAUUAAAUUAAAGAAAACUUAUCGCAACUUAAUAAGAUGAAUGAAAAUGAUGAAAAAGUCAUUCGAGUUGGUUCAAGAAAAAGUGAGCUGGCACUGAUCCAAACCAAACAUGUGAUAAGUGAACUUCAAAAACAAAAUCCUGGAAAAAUAUUUGAAAUACAUACCAUGUCUACUAUAGGAGACCGAAUAUUAAAUGUUUCACUGCCAAAAAUAGGUGAAAAAAGUCUGUUUACACGAGAUUUAGAAGAUGCAUUGAAACACGGCCGUGUCGAUUUUAUUGUUCACUCACUUAAAGAUUUGCCUACAACUCUUCCACAAGGUAUGACGAUAGGAGCUGUUCUGGAACGUGAAGAUUCUCGGGAUGCUUUGGUGCUAAAUGAUAAAUAUAAAAGUUAUACAUUGCAAACUUUACCAAAAAAUGCUUUAAUAGGUACGUCAUCGCUGCGUCGAACAGCCCAAAUUCGACGCAAAUUUCCCCAUUUAGAAAUUUGUGAUAUUCGCGGAAAUUUGAACACACGUUUAGCAAAACUAGACGCUCCAAAUUCAAAAUUUGCUGGUAUCAUAUUAGCUCAAGCUGGUUUAGUACGAAUGGGUUGGACGAACAGAAUCAGUCAAAUUUUAGAACCCUGUGAGCUUAUGUAUUGUGUUGGGCAAGGGGCUUUAGCAGUUGAAUGCAGAACCGACGAUGAAAUUACUCUUUCAAUGCUAAAAAAUCUUAUUUGCUUACCGACGACGUGUAAAAUUUUAGCUGAACGUAGUUUUUUGAGAACCUUGGGAGGUGGUUGCAGCGCUCCAGUCGCUGUUUAUUCUAAUCUAUCAUCAACAUCACGUGAUAGCAUUAAGUGUUUAAAUAAUUCUAAUUUAUCAUUACGUGGAGCAGUAUGGAGCCUUGAUGGUAAAUCAGAGAUCAUGGAUGAAGUCAAAGGUUUACUAGAAAUAAGAAAACGCAGAAAAACUGAAGAGUACUCAACAACUGAAGACGAAGAUGAUUUGGAAGUAAGUCCAUCAAAACGCUCCCGUCUUGAUAAAAAUGUAAUUAAUGAUUAUGAAGGUGAAAAGAAAAUUGAAAGCCCACGAAUAAUUAAUGAUGACCCAACCUUGGAAAGCUUUGAUGGAAAAAUUCCGAACAUAGAACAUUUGAUCAAAGUACAUGGAGAUUUAUUUAAAAAAUGUCCUCAUUUACAAAAAAAGAUUACAGAAAGUGGAUUAACAAAUUUAACAAAAGAUAAGUGCCCUCUAAUGUUACCUGUAGGAGACGAUUUUAUGGGAGAAUGUCCUGUUGCAGACACCGAAGAAAAAGUUCAACUUGUAGACUUACAUACUAAAACUGAAUUUGAAGUAACUAAUGGAGAGCUUAAGGUACAUCAUCAAGAAGAAAAUGGUAAUAUUUCAAAACCUUCGUUUUCAGAUAAAUUCAAUAAUAGUUUAUCUAAUGAAAGUCACAACCAAUUGCAAGAUUUUGCUAAUAAUAAUUUGAAGGAAAAUUCAAAUACGACAUUUGCUAGUAAUUCCAAGAAGCCUGAAUCCACUUCGACAGAGAAAAUCUCUAUUAGUGGUGAAAAACACGAAGGUUGCCCUUUCUUAAAAGUGAAGUUAGUCGAUCACGUAGAUGAAGGAAAAUCAAAUGAGAUAAGCGAGCGUUCCCUGUCUCCGGAACUUUUAGAAAGUGAGUGCAGAAAUCUUUUUUGUGGAAUAUUCAGACAUAAAUGCUUCGACAAAAAUCUUUUCAAAAAAUGCGAUGAUUUGGGUCGUGAUUUGGCUCUCAAUUUAAUAAAUAAAGGUGCCUUAGCAAUUAUGAAAAUAGCUCAAGAUGAAAUUCGUCAAAAUGUUAAGUAAAAAGGUGUUCUAAUUUAUUUUGUUAAUAAGUUUUUGGUUGAUUUUUAUUUACGUGUUACAAUUUUAUAAUUAUGUUUAUAUUUUUUCUACCUGUUAAAAAGAAAUGUAUAUUUUUAUAAGUUCGAAAAAUUUAAAUUGUAUGUAAAUGGCUCUUUAUUUUAUUUAA